AUGUGGGACGACCAGUUUAUAGCCCGAGCAAUCUGCGACCGGACAAGCCAUCUCAUCUCCUCGGUUGCAGCUAUGGCGUCCUUCCCAAAGUUUAUCCUCUUUUUCGUGGCUGCAUCACUCUGUCUCGUAGGAUCAUCCUCGUAUCCGAGGCACUGCACCGAAGUGAUCAGCGUCUUCUUCCAGGAUCUCUCCUUCUAUCCGAUCGUGCCCCCAAACAAUCCCACCCCGUUCGGUCUCGGCGUGCUGGAUGAUAUCCUCACCGCCAGGCCCUCGCGGAACUCCACGGUCGUGGGAAGCGCUCGGGGCACGCUUGUGUGGGACUCGCUGAAUUCCAACGCGACCUCGUUUCUGCAGACCAUGACCGUGGAGAUCAAGGGCCGGCGGGGGAUCAUCAGCCUCUUGGGCCAGAACCAUUUCCCGGAGAAGGUGAGAGAGAUCGCCAUCGUCGGCGGGACUGGAGAGUUCAGCCUCGUCCAGGGAACGGCGAAGAUAUCAACGUUUGCCACUCAGCCCGGCGGAUUGAUCCUGCGGAUGCAGCUGUUUAUCACCAGGUUGUGGGAGUGCUACGGCAUCGCCAUGCGUCGUGACGAUGCGUGA